AUGACCGAGCGCAGAUGGCGCGCGAGCGGGUCGGAGAUGUUUCGGGGCCUGAAGGAGAAGUUCACGCAGCUGCCAUCCACGCAGAGGACAGCCAGCUUCAGGUGCAGCUCGAAGAGCGACGACAACCUCGACUGCACCUGGAGGCAAUACGAUGCGCUGCUGUGCGAGGGUCUCGAACUUGCAGGCAUGCAGAACAAUCUCGGCAACAUGAAGAUGGUUCAGGCCAUGAUGAUGUCCUACGUUCAAUCCUCCCUGAACUACGGUCUUGACUGGAAGGCCCGCGCCGGCAUGAUCGCCAAGUGGAGGGACCCAGGCUGGCACGCCCGGGGCCGCCUGGACGAGCGCGAGUUUAACCUCGUAAAGGCCAGCAUCAUCAGCAAGCCGGCGUUCCAGAAGGUGGUGAACACGACCUGCGAGGGCCUCGAUGGCGUGCGCCCUCACUGCCGGGAAUUCGCGCCCCGCGCCCUGUUUUGCGAUGCGCUGGGGCAGGCCGCGGUGGCCAUUCACAGCGCCAAGGACGUCGCGCACCGGCUGGAGCAGGAUCCUCCUCGGCGAGAAGGGAGCCUCCCGCCAUCGUGA